AUGGAUAUUCGAGCUUCGAAUGGUGGCCUGGGCCUCGCUCAAAACACAACAUGCCCUUACGAAGAGAAGGUCGUCACCGACCCAACGACUGCUCGCAUCGUUCUCACAUUUCUGCGCGAGUUUGUUGAGCAGAAGAUAAUCUACUCGCACAGUUCACAGGGCUACUACUGCCCAAUGACAAAGUGCGAAUCCUCGUUCACAGAGCCCCUUUUUCUUGUCCAGCACCUAUUUACGUGUCCGGAGCUCGGAAAGGGCGAGUUUGAGUGUUGGAAAUGCUGCAGCUGGCACCGGUUUCCUACGACGGAGAAGGAGUGGACUGAAUGGGCAGGCUGGAAGUCGACAGCAGUAGGCUUUCAAAGGAAACGGAGCCUUGGAUCAAAGAUGAAAGAAACAUUGACGGAUACCCUUACGCUUCGUCGACGAAACUCGAAUCGCAGAUUCUCAGUGUCCAGUGCUGGCCCUGUGGGAAAUGCCGGCCUGGAUCAGACGCCCCAUCCAACGUCCACAUCCUCGAUGAUUUCAUCUCCAACAUUGACCGGCACAACAGCUGAUAUGGACGGCAUCGGCUCGACCAUCCACCACUCGGAAAAAUUUCUAGCUUCGACGGAUGCCUGUGAAUGGAAUCAAUUUCUCGGCCUAGACCAAGCACAGAUGCUCUCGCCUCGUUCAAUACAAGAGUUGCAGACGGCGUACAGAGUUGACCAGCAGAUGGUGCCCACAUUUUCACAUCCCCCAGGAGCAAACCAUGGGCUCGACUCUACACCUGGGACUGCAAAUGCAUCGGGGUAUACGUGCACAUUCGACGAAGGAUGUUUUGUCACGAGCGAGCACCACCACCACCAGCAGGGAAUCGGUGUGAAGCCGGGGUCAGGAGCGGGAAUAUCUACAAUGGCUGCUGCUUGCUCAUGUGAUAGCUUCGGCAAUGCAGGAGCAGUAAGCAGUAGCAUGGAUGACCGAAGCGCGUCUAUGAUGUGGUCAACAGACAUAGACUCUAGCGACACAAGCAACAUUUCCUCUACCCGGCCAUCGACAACGUUUGACCAGACUCCAUCCCUUCCUUCAUCGACAAACACAUCACAGGGAUCAUUAUUCGCGGCACAGAUCCUGCCUUCGUUCUCACCAGAUGCUGCUCAACUUAUUGCGGCAGGUUUUGCAGGUGAACCUCCGGCAAAUGUAUCGUCAGAUAUGUGUUCUUUACAGUCGCCCCCAUCCACCGCACCUCUUCUUAUGAAUGAGAGAUCAGGCACGAGUGUAUUUUCACCAAUAUCGCCUUCAAAGGGGGACGACCGCCUAACGGUGCCUAGUUCCUUUGCGUCAACACCAGCUUCAGGAGAUUUUGACCAAACCGAGAAUCUCAUAUUGGACGAGCGACAUAACUGGUACCAUAACAAUCAAAAUGCAACUGCCUCCGUCGUAUUGGCUCCUGUUCCCACCGAUGGUAGCCUCGAUCAUAUCCCGGGACCUGUCCUGACCACAGGACCUUCACUACCUUCUACAACUACCACAAUAUCCAACCCAUUGCACAAUCCACCGACAACUUUUGAAAAUAUAGCGAACCAACAUACGCCUCACAAUCCCCAUCGAAUAGAUUCGAAUCCGCAUGACUCACUGGCGGUGUCAAUGGAUAUUGACAUGGAUGGCUUGCCAAGUCGCCCACUCCCAACACCAACUCGACCUGUUAACCAGCAAGUCGCGUCUUUCAUGCAAAGGCCUCCAUCCAUUGCAUCAGGCCAUCUUCCAGCCCAACACCCCCAGCAACACCGAGACACCUAUCCACACCAGAUCGGUCCACCAACCAUCCCAAUCGCGGUCCAGGAGCCCCCGACACAUAUUAACAGCCAAAAACCGCUUCACGGCGGGCUUUUCCCUCCGUCGUCCUCUCAAAUGUCGUCGUUGACAGCGCAUGCAGCCAAUCCGCGAUUUGAGUUCACUGGCACAGGGGUAUCACAAACAGGGACCAAACCAGUCAGCCACCAGCGCCAUCCAUCCAGCUCGAGGGCAUCAUUACAGCCGCCGAAGACACCUACGUCGACCAUCGACGAUGACAUCGAUCCUGAGGACUUGGUAUGCGACGAAUGCAAUUGGAAGCCUCGAGGCGUCCGUGAGAACCUACGGGGAUACUUACGCAAACACAAGAACGUUCAUAAAGGCCUUCGUCUUUCUUGUGACAUACCCGGCUGCAAGAAGAGUUUUAGUCGACUUGACAAUCUCAAAACACAUCGCCGUGACAAACAUGGAAUCGACGAAUCCACCACAAUCUCCAAAGCAGCGAGCACAGCAUCCGUAAGCUCUACGGGUGCCUUAGCCAGUGGACAAAUUGUGACCGGUGGCAUCAGUGCCCUGCCAGCCAAACGAAUCAUGACUAUGAACGACUACAAGAACGACAGUCUAGCCGUCAAUGACCUAGGUGCCGUGGUGCCCGUGUCAAUGGUAUCUACAACGGCACUUCCUCCACAGUCCCAGAACGUCCUUCAGGCUGCAGCCAGCAUCGCGCAAGCUCAAGUCCAAGCACAGCUUCAAGCCCAGGCACAGGCGCAAGCACAAGCACAAGCACAAGCCCAGGCUCAGCUACAUACCCAAUUCGACCAGGGUCAUCUUGUGAUGCAAGACCAUACUCGUGGCACUAGUCAUGCUCAUCCACACGUGCAGGUAGCGAAUAUGCAAGCCCAGCAAGCCCAAGAACUGACACAGGCACAUGUUGCACAAAGUCAAACUGAGCUUUCUCGUCCUGAUUCCAAACGACAGAGGGAGAGCCUCGAUCACGGAGGCUACCGUGGCGUCAGAGGCGAGCAUGCAGCACUUUGGCCGCUCAUGCAGAUUUGA